AAUACUUUCCGUGGAUUUAUUUCUCACUGCGCAUGCGCAAUAGAGUCCGCAAAGAGGCGUGGUAUACUAAAUACCGACUGUUCAAGACGACCGGCCAAAGAUAGAGCGACAAAGCACAUUUUACUUUAUUUUCACAAGCUAAAGAUGUCAACUGGUGAUUAUGUUAAAGCUGGAUACGCAAAGAAGUGUGGUGGCAACGUCAAAUCAUGGAAGAGGAGAUAUUUCAUGCUAAAGCCUAACGGGUUCCUGUAUUAUUAUCCCGACUCACAGUGCAAGGCUGAGAAAGGACGCGUUGAUAUUAUUAACAUGGAGCGUGUGUGUACUUAUGAAGCAGGGAUUGGAGACAAGCUACCUGAUCCUUCAUCAAUGGAUCGAUCAUUGGUGAUCGUAACACAGGACAGGAAUUAUACAUUUGUUUGUGACACUCAACACGAGUGCAGAGAAUGGAUUGGUGCACUGUCGAAGGUUAAAGAUGGCAGUGAGCCACAGAAGUAUCCUGACCCAACCUAUCUUAAGAAUACAGACUUGGCUCCUCCCACUGAUAACACUGCCCCUCCUCCUUAUACAGCAGUGGCCCCUCCUACGAUACAUGAGCCCCAGGGACCCCCUAUGCCUCAACCAAUGCCCCAGGGACCUCCCAUGCCACAAGCUCCGCCCAUGCCCCAGGCUCCCCCAAUGCCAAUGGGUCGUCCAUUGUCUCAUCAAGGUCCUCCUAUGCCCCAGGCCCCUCCUAUGCCAUUGGGUCGUUCAUUAUCCCAGGGACCUCCAAUGUCCCAGGCUCCUCCAAUGCCCCAGGCUCCUCCUAUGCCCCAGGCUCCUCCCAUGCCACACCCCCAAUAUCCUCCUAAUUAUACUCAUACUGCUCCUCCUCCAGGUCCUUAUAACGGUCCUUAUCGUCCUCCUCAGCAGCAGUACCCUCCCCCUCCACAGAGGCACCAGUACCCUCCUCCUCCUCAGAGGCAGCAGUACAUGCAGCCUCCUCAAGUCAGGCCACCAUCUUUGACUCCGCCCAUGCAGAGAAGCUGUCCACCACCUGCUCCCUAUCAGUCCAGGCCUUAUGUACCAGGUCCUCAGCCCCGCCCACCUCAGCGGCCUCACUCAGCUGUAGUUCAACAGCAAUCAUCAGUUAAUGUCACUGUUGUUAACUUGGCAGCUGCUCCACAGCAGAGAAUAAUCUAUCGCUAAUGAGCCGUGCAUAUUGAUGAUAAUAACUAUGACAUUGUGUGUCUUAUAUCUUGUAUUAUCUGUCUCACUCCUUGUUAAAAUGCACAACUAUCUGUCUCACUCCUUGUGAAAAUGCACAACACGUUUUAUUGUUAUUACUACUACUAUUAUUAUUCUUGUCAUGUUAUUGUUGUAUUACUUAUUUAAAUAAUUAUUAUAAUUAAUCUAUUAGUUUAAUUUGUUUUGCUAUCUCUUCGUUAGUAACAUGGUAAACUCUUUCUCUU